AUGGAAAACCUUAGCGGUGGCGCGGAGGCACACGCGCGGUCGAAACAGUAUGACUACAUAUCCAAUUCCAACCUCGUCUUAAACUCGGACUCGCGUCCCAUCGGAGAAUCCACCGGAGAACCAGAAUCACUUUCAGGAAAAAUCGAUUUCAAGAAUUUCGGCGAUCGUGCUUUCCGCGGCCGUCCAACGGAGAAGAGAGGCCUCGUUGACGGCUCAGACCGUUAUCAUCGUCGGAGGAGCAAGCGGUGCUGUUUUCAGGAAGAGAACAUGAGUGUACUCACUGAUACUGAUGACGGUAUUUACCAGCCGAAGACUAAAGAAACUCGCGCCGCUUAUGAGGCAAUGUUGAGUGUUGUCCAGCAGCAGUUAGGUGGUCAACCAUUCAGCAUUGUUAGAGGUGCUGCUGAUGAGAUUCUUACCGUUUUAAAGAACGAAUCAGUGAACAAGAAGAAGGAUAUUGAGAAGCUCUUUAACCCUAUUACUGACCAUGUAUUCCAUCAGCUUGUUUCGAUUGGGAAGCUCAUAACCGAUUUCCAAGAGGCUGGUGAUGUUGAUGGUGAUGUUGAUGGUUGUUUUGACAAUGAUGUAGGUGUUGCAGUGGAAUUCGAAGAGAGUGAAGAUGAUAAUGAGGGUUGGAAUGAAGAGAGUGGUGAAGUUGAUGUGGUGCAAGAAGAAACAGAAGAAGUGGAUGAGGAUGACAUUGGUGAAACUGGUGGCUCUCGGGCAAUGCAGAUAGGUGGUGGAAUGGAUGAUGAAGAGAUGGAGGAAGUUGACGAUGAAGAAUUGAAUGUGCAUGAUAUUGAUGCGUAUUGGCUUCAAAGGAAAAUAUUUUUGGCUUUUGGACAGGAGAUUGAUCCGCAUCUGUGUCGAAAGCUUGCUGAAGAGGUAUUGAAUAUUUUGGCCGAGCCUUGUGAUAGAGAAGUAGAGAAAAAGCUGUUGUUGUGUCUCAAAUUCGACAAGUUUAGUCUCAUUAAGUUUCUGUUGCGGAAUAAAUUGAAGAUUGUAUGGUGUACUCGCUUGGCAAGGGCACUGGACCAAGAAGAGAGGGAGAAAAUUGAGGAAGAGAUGAUGGGAUUGGGUUUGCAGCAUAUUUUGGAGCAAGUGCAUACUAUGAGGGUCUCUCCUUUGGAGAGACAGAAGAACUUGGAGAGGAGUAUCAGAGAAGAGGCUCGAUGGUUGAAAGAUGGGAAUGUGGUCUUGGAUAGAAGUGCAAGGGGUGUUGGUGAUAGGGAUGACGAAAGCAGGGGUCAGCGCCGGUUGCUUGAUUUGGAAAACCUUGCUUUUGAACAGGGUGGUUUGUUUAUGGCAAACAAAAAAUGUGAUCUUCCUCAUGGGUUUUAUAGGAAUCUCAAAAAAGGUUAUCAAGAAAUUCAUGUGCCUGCCUUGAAGGCUAAACCCAUUGAUCCUAAUGAGAAGCUUGUGAAUAUUGGCUCUAUGCCUCAUUGGGCACAACCGGCCUUCAAAGGAAUGACACGGUUGAAUAGAGUGCAGAGUAAGGUAUAUGAGAGUGCUCUCUUCAAGUCCGAUAAUCUUUUGCUUUGUGCCCCAACUGGUUCUGGAAAAACCAAUGUUGCUGUACUUGCCAUACUUCAAGAGAUGGCACGGCAGAGAAAUCCUGUUGAUGGUUCAAUUGACCAUAGUGCUUAUAAAAUAGUUUAUGUUGCGCCUAUGAAAGCUCUUGUAAACGAGAUUGUUGGCAAUUUGUCCAAUCGUUUGCAGGAAUAUGAUGUUAAAGUUAGGGAGCUCAGUGGAGAUCAGUCAUUAACGCAACAACAAAUGGAAGAGACUCAAAUUAUUGUGACAACUCCUGAGAAGUGGGAUAUUGUUACACGAAAGUCAGGAGAUCGGACUUAUACGCAGCUUGUGAAGCUUCUUAUAGUUGAUGAGAUUCACCUUCUCCAUGAUAACAGGGGGCCUGUUCUUGAAAGUAUCAUUGCUAGAACAGUUCGGCAGAUUGAAACAACGAAGGAUUAUAUUCGAUUGGUGGGAUUGUCUGCUACUCUCCCUAAUUAUGAAGACGUGGCGUUGUUCUUGCGUGUUGAUCUUGACAAGGGGUUGUUUUACUUUGAUAAUAGUUAUAGACCUGUUCCUCUUUCUCAACAAUUUGUUGGAAUCACACUAAAGAACUCUUUUCAGAGGUUCCAGUUGAUGAAUGAUAUCUGCUAUGAGAAAGUUAUGACUGCUUCUGGAAAGCAUCAGGUUCUCAUCUUUGUACAUUCUAGGAAAGAAACUUCCAAAACAGCUAGAGCCAUCAGAGAUGCUGCACUUACAAACGAAACACUUGAUAGGUUCCUUAAAGAAGAUAGUGCAAGCCGCGAGAUUCUUCAUACUCAUACUGAUCUUGUGAAAAGCAGUGAUCUUAAAGAUCUUUUGCCAUAUGGUUUUGCUAUUCACCAUGCUGGUAUGACAAGAACAGAUCGCCAGCUUGUUGAGAAGCUUUUUGCCGAUGGAUAUGUCCAAGUUUUGGUAUCCACGGCUACCCUUGCCUGGGGUGUGAAUCUCCCAGCUCAUACAGUUAUAAUCAAAGGAACAAAGAUUUACAAUCCUGAGAAAGGGGCAUGGACUGAAUUGAGUCCUCUUGAUGUGAUGCAGAUGUUGGGUCGUGCCGGAAGGCCGCAGUAUGACUCAUUUGGUGAAGGAAUCGUCAUUACCGGCCAUAAUGAGUUGCAGUAUUAUCUCUCUCUUAUGAACCAACAACUUCCUAUUGAAAGCCAGUUUAUUUCCAAGCUUGCCGAUCAACUGAAUGCAGAAGUAGUUCUUGGUACUGUUCAAAAUGCUGGGGAAGCCUGUCACUGGAUUGGAUACACUUACUUGUAUGUCCGUAUGUUAAGGAAUCCUUCUCUUUAUGGCUUAGCACCAGAUGUCCUUACGAGAGAUAUAACAUUGGAAGAGAGAAGGGCUGAUUUGAUUCAUACGGCUGCAACCAUCUUAGAUAGAAAUAAUUUGGUGAAAUAUGAUAGGAAGAGUGGAUAUUUUCAAGCCACUGACUUAGGUCGAAUUGCAAGCUACUACUAUAUAACACAUGGAACUGUAUCUACAUAUAAUGAGCAUUUGAAGGCUUCAAUGGGAGACAUACAGCUUUUCCAAUUGUUCUCUCUUAGUGAAGAAUUCAAAUAUGUAACAGUAAGGCAAGAUGAGAAGAUGGAGUUAGCGAGGCUUUUGGACCGUGUUCCGAUUCCCAUCAAAGAAGGUUCGGAGGAUGCAAGUGCCAAGAUUAAUGUUUUACUGCAAUCAUACAUUUCACAGCUUAAGCUUGAAGGACUCUCAUUAAAGUCUGAUAUGGUCUUUAUAACUCAGAGUGCUGAACGUCUUUUGCGGGCUCUUUUUGAGAUUGUCUUGAAACGUGGUUGGGCGCAAUUGGCUGAGAAAGCUUUGAACUUGUGCAAGAUGGUGACCAAGAGGAUGUGGAGUGCACAAACACCACUUCGUCAGUUCGAUGGAAUUCCAAAUGGUAUAUUAACAAAAUUGGAGAAGAAAGAUUUGUCAUGGGAAAGAUAUUAUGAUCUAUCAUCACAAGAGAUAGGUGAACUUAUUCGCUCACCAAAGAUGGGGAAGACCCUUCACAAAUUUAUCCAUCAAUUUCCAAAACUCAACCUUGCAGCACACGUUCAUCCAAUUUCUCGCUCAGUUUUGGGGGUUGAGCUCACAAUAACUCCAGAUUUCUCGUGGGAUGAUAGAAUACAUGGAUAUGUUGAGCAGUUUUGGGUGAUUGUGGAGGAUAGUGAUGGUGAAUGUAUUCUUCAUCAUGAGUAUUUUAUGCUGAAAAAACAAUAUAUUGAUGAGGAUCAUACUUUGAAUUUCGUAGUGCCAAUAAAAGAGCCUCUUCCUCCUCAAUACUUUAUUCAUGUUGUUUCCGAUAGGUGGCUUGGAUCCCAAUCUGUUUUACCUGUAUCUUUCAGACACAUAAUCUUACCUGAAAAGUAUCCUCCACCUACUAAACUAUUGGAUCUGCAGUCACUGCCCGUGACAGCUUUACAAAGUCCUUCAUAUGAGGCGUGGUAUCAGAAUUUUAAGCAUUUUAAUCCUAUACAGAGACAAGUCUUCACAGUUCUGUAUAAUUCUGAUGACAGCGUCUUGGUUGCUGCUCCAACCGGGAGUGGUAAGACUAUAUGUGCAGAAUUUGCAAUUUUGAGAAAUCAUCAAAAAGGGCCUGAUAGUGUCAUGCGUGUUGUUUAUGUAGCUCCAAUUGAAGCUCUUGCCAAGGAACGGUAUUGUGAUUGGGAGAAGAAAUUUGGGGUUGGUCUUAAAUUGAAGGUAGUUGAAUUAACCGGAGAAACAACAACAGAUUUGAAACUGCUUGAGAAUGGCCAGAUUAUCAUUUGUACUCCAGAGAAAUGGGAUGCUUUAUCUCUUCGUUGGAGACAUAGGAAACAUGUCCAACAAGUUAGUCUUUUCAUCGUUGAUGAGUUACACUUUAUUGGGAGUCAAGGAGGCCAUAUUUUAGAGGUUAUUGUAUCUAGGAUGAAAUAUAUUGCUAGUCAGGUUGAAAAUAAGUUUCGCUUUGUGGCUUUAUCAACCUCACUUGCAAAUGCAAAAGAUUUGGGAGACUGGAUUGGAGCUACCUCUCAUGGCCUAUUCAAUUUUCCACUUGGCGUACGUCCUGGAUUAGAAAUAUACAUCCAGGGUGUAGAUAUUGCCAAUUUUGAGGCGAGGAUGCAGGCAAUGACAAAACCAACUUACACUGCAAUUGCUCAACAUGCCAAGAACGAUAAACCUGCCCUUGUAUUUGUACCUACAAGAAAGCAUGUCCGAUUGACCGCUAUGGAUCUGAUUACAUACUCAAGUGCAAACACUGGAGAGAAGUCGUUUUUAUUGCGGUCUACAGAAGAACUUGAACCUUUUCUUAACAAGAUUAGUGAUAAAAUGUUAGAAGUCACAUUACGUGAAGGGGUUGGCUACUUGCACGAGGGCUUGAACAAACUUGAUCAUGACAUUGUGGCACAACUAUUUGAAGCUGGUUGGAUUCAAGUAUGUGUUUUAAGUAGUUCCAUGUGCUACAAAGUUACUUUGUCAGCUCAUUUGGUGGUUGUGAUGGGCACACAAUACCAUCAUGGUUGGGAGAAUGCACAAACAGACUAUCCUGUUACUGAUAUUUUGCAGAUGAUGGGUCAUGCAAGUCGUCAUUCGGUGGACAAUUCUGGAAAGUCUGUCAUCUUCUGCCGCGCACCUCGUAAGGAGUACUACAAAAAGUUUUUGUAUGAAGCAUUCCCGGUUGAAAGUCAUCUUCAUCACUCCUUACAUGAUAAUUUGAAUGCUGAAAUUGUUGCUGGAAUUAUUGAAAACAAGCAAGAUGCCGUAGAUUAUCUUACAUGGACAUUUAUGUACAGGCGCCUCACCAAGAAUCCAAACUAUUACAAUUUACAAGGAGUUAGUCACAGACAUCUUUCUGAAUACCUCUCCGAGAUGGUGGAAAAUACAUUGAGUGAUUUGGAAACAAGCAAGUGUGUUGCUAUAGAGGACGACAUACGUUUGUCUCCUCUUAAUCUUGGAAGGAUAUCAUCAUACUAUCACAUUAGUUACAAAACAAUAGAAAGGUUUUCACUAUCUCUUACUUUAAAUACAAAAAUGAAGGGCCUUUUGGAGGUUCUAUCAUCUGCAUUAGAAUAUGCUUACCUUCCAAUACGACCCGGGGAAGAAGAGGUAGUUCGCAAGUUAAUAAAUCACCAAAGGUUUUCCUUUGUAAACCCCAAUAUUAAAGAUCCACAUGUCAAAGCCAAUGCCUUGCUUCAGGCUCAUUUUUCAAGGCAAUUUGUAGGUGGGGACAUUGCAUUGGACCAGAGAGAGGUGUUACUUUCUGCAAAUAAACUGCUUCAGGCAAUGGUAGAUGUAAUAUCAAGCAAUGGUUGGUUGAGUUUGGCUCUUCUUUCUAUGGAAGUUAGUCAAAUGCUGACACAAGGAAUGUGGGAACGUGAUUCUAUGCUGCUACAACUUCCUCAUUUCACAAAGGAAUUGGCUAGGAAAUGCAAGGAGAACCCGGGGAAGAGUAUAGAAACUAUCUUUGAUUUAUUAGAGAUGGAAGAUAUUAAGAGGCGUGAGUUGUUAAGCAUGUCAGAUUCACAAUUGUUUGAUAUUGCUCGAUUUUGCAAUUGCUUUCCUAAUAUUGAUUUGUCAUAUGACGUCUUUCACGAAGACACUGUCCGGAUUGGGGAGGAUAUAACAGUAUAUGUCACUUUGGAGAGGGAUCUCGAGGGUAGGACAGAAGUAGGACCUGUACAUGCUCCUAGGUAUCCAAAAGCCAAGGAGGAAGGAUGGUGGCUUGUUGUUGGUGAUACCAAAACCAACUUGUUGCUUGCAAUUAAACGAGUUUCCUUGCAGCGGAAGUUAAAAGCCAAACUGGAGUUUGCUGCUCCUGCUGAUGCUGGCAAGAAAUCAUACAUACUUUAUUUCAUGUGUGACUCAUACAUGGGUUGUGAUCAAGAGUAUGAUUUCACUGUUGAUGUUAAGGAAGCACAUGAUGGCAAAGAAGAUAGUUGCGGAAAAUGA